AUGUUUCAUCCCGAGGGCUUGCACAGGCUGAAUUGGGUGGACUCGUUCUUCCUCUGCGUGGCGGCCGUCUCCCUCACCGGCUGGAGCGUCGUCCCCUUCGAGAAGGUCAGCACCGUGGGCCAAGUGAUCAUCUUGCUGCUAUUUUGCAAUGGUGGGCACGUCUUGAUGGCCCUGGUCAUGGUCAAGCUGCGCCGCAUGUGAUUCCGCCUCUCACACGCCGCUGAAGAGCUGACUCUACGCCGAAGGCUGCAGUUCUGGCGGCCCAUCAAGGUGCAGGCCUCGCCGUAUGUGUCGCCCGAACAGGCAGCGGAGCAGCUCAUCGAGUACCGGGCCUUGGGCCACCUCGACGGCAUCAUGACGGUCAUCCUGGUCUCCUUCGUGGUCACGGGGGCGGUGCUCAUCUACGUGGCGGCCGGCAACGUAGUCAACACAGCCAAUGACAGGCAGGAGCCACUGGGUGUUUACAGCAAGGCGUACUUCUCUGUCUUCACCUGCCUGUCGGCCUUCACGAAUGCGGGCAUCUCGCUGCUCGGCCAGGGCAUGGUGCCUUUUAUGAAGAGUCGGCUGAUGAUCACCGUCCUCUGCGUGCUCAUGGCAUGUGGUGCGAAGGAAGCACGGAUGGAAGGGAGACAAGGGCAAGAAGAGCUCCGUGUGCAGUGCAGUGCGCGCACGCCUCCUCCUUGUAUGCGAUGCGAUGCAGGCAACACGUGCUUCCCCUUCGUCUUGUGGGCGUCAGUCCGGCUGUCGCACUAUCUAGCGCGCGACCCCAACCGUCGUGCGGAGCUCGAGUGGCUGUCCUCACAUCCCCGGCGGUGCACCACCCACCUUUUCCCCAACUAUGAGACGGCCAUGCUGCUGCUGUGCUGGGUGGUCAUGACCAGCUUCCAGUUCCUCAUCCUGGUGCUCGACUUUCCCUGGAACAAAACCGAUGCCGACACGUCCGCCGCUGGGGUGCACGGAAUCAUCGAUCAGCUAAUCUUCUCGACAAUCGCGUACGUGUUCACAUCUAAACAGACAGACAGAUACGGAAAGACAAACCCAUUCAGACACACACUUGGUUGGUUGGUUGCCACCCACUCCACUUGUCCUCGCCUCCCUCUCUCACUCCCUCCCUCCCUCUCUCACUCCCUCCCUCCCUGCCUGCCUGCCUGCCUGCCUGCCUGCCGGAUUUAUGAUUGCAAUGCGGUGCAGGACUCGAACGGCGGCGUUCUCGAUAUGGGCCGUGGCGGGCCUGAGCGCGCCGGGUCUCACCAUCCUCCUCGUCUACAUGUUCGUCGGCGUCUACCCGCAGGAGAUGGCACUGCUCGGAUCGGCCAAAUUCAAAGUCGCCGAGCAAGAGGGAGGACUUCCAGCCAUCGUCCGCAAGGACACCUCCCGCAUGUCGGCCAUGUCCGUCAGCACGCCCGCAAGCGCAGCCGUGUCAUCGCCCAAGAAGGGCAGGCUGGCCAGCAUACGAGAGGAGGAGGAACCCUUGCUUCAGACGGCCGGUGUUGGUCAGGAGGAAGAGAGGGAGGGUGUGGGCGAGGGGUAUGGUGAGCAACCCGAGUGUGUGCUGGACGUGGCCGGGGAACACCCCCUGGUGUUUCACUACCAGGUGGUCAAGGCCAGCGAUAUGGCGUACGGGCGGCUGGGGGCCAGAGGGGAGUGGCAGACGGUGAGCAACAUGGCGGCAAACCUCAAGGCCGUGUGCCUCAAGGACUCCUUCAUCAUCUACUUCGCCUUCCUCCUCAUCGGCAUCAUCGAGUACGACAACCUGACCUACUACGACCUCUUCCCCGUCUUCUUCGAAAUCAUCUCCGCCUACGGCACCGUCGGCUUCUCGCUCCCAGACUCCGACUCGACCACCAUCCUCUCGGGCGGCUUCUCCAGCGCCUCCAAACUGGUCAUCUGCUUCAUCAUGCUCCUCGGUAGACACCGCGGCCUCCCACACUACCUGGACGCCUCCGUCACAUCCAUCAACCAAUUCGCACCCCACGGCACAAGAAAGAGAAGAUUCGCUCGCCUGUCGAUCCCCUCACUCCCCUCACUCAGCGUGUCUCGGCCAUCCGAGGAUACAUUUCCACCCACACUGGUCCCCCCAACCACCCCCAAGGUGAGCCGAGCGGCGACUCGGAUCACCUUCGCCAUCCCCUCUGCCGAAGAAUCAGAGGCAGCGGCAGAGGCCGAGUCGGUGGACGUCGCUGCGACGCGGACCCCCUCGGUUGCGAGGCGGCACAUGACGGUAACAGCGCAGCUGCGGCAGGACAUAAGUCGGUUUUUCGCCGGUCUGCGUGUCCACGGCACGCCCAUGCCCAUGGAGCCCGGCGGCUUCGACGAGGCCGAUGAGGAAGAGGAGACCAGCGAGGGAGACAUGACCACCAGACAUGGGGGUGUCUCGGGCCGGCAUGCAGAGGUGUCGGAGAGGACGCCCCUGCUGCUGCCACCGCUGCCAAAGUCCGGCCUGGCAAGAUCUGCAACCGCACCCUUGCACCAGCAGGCAGGCAGGAGAUGA